AUGAAUUGGCUCCUUGCCAUACAGUUGCCGGGCCUGGUCAUCGUACUAUGGCUUUUCACGUUCUGGAUGAGCCAGUCAUUCCCGACAAUAUCUGGCAAACGAAUAUGUCUCCUCAUUGCCCAUCCCGACGAUGAGGCGAUGUUCUUCGCACCUACACUUCUCUGGCUUACUCGACCCGAAUUUGGAAAUCAAGUCCUUGUACUAUGCCUGAGCAGUGGCGAUGCAGAUGGUCUGGGCCAUGUCAGGAAGGGAGAACUGGCUAAGAGCGCUCUACUACUCGGUGUGAAAACGAGCGAGCAUGUGGUGGUCAUCGAAGACGAGAAACUUCCGGACUCAAUGACCACGACUUGGGACCCAAAGCUCAUCUCCAGCAUUCUGACACGAUACUUCGCCUCCAAGAUCGCUAGCACGCCGUCAACAUCAGCACCGCAGGCCAAUCUCGAUGUCAUCAUCACUUUCGACGGAUCCGGCGUCAGCGGCCACCCAAAUCACAUUAGCCUUUACCAUGGAGCUGGGGCAUUCCUGCGCAAUCUCAUGUCUAGGCAUACGGGGUGGCAAUGUCCAGUGCGACUGUACACCUUGACGUCCGUCAAUGCGGCUCGAAAGUACAGUAGUGUACUGGACGCGACAUCAACUGUUGUCACGUUUCUGUGGCGGCAUAGGGAGAAGGGCAGCUUUCCUACGCCACUCCUUGCUGUCAGUGGCCCAUUUGGAGUGCGGAAAGGCCAGCGAGCCAUGACUGAAGCUCACAAGAGCCAGAUGAGAUGGUUCAGGUGGGGAUGGAUUGGCGUUAGUCGAUACAUGGUGGUGAAUGAUCUGAAGAGAGAGAAGAUUGUCUAG